AUGCUGGCCGGCCCCUCACUCCUCAGCCCUAACUCUGGCUCCAGCCUGGCAGCGGGCGAGAUUGUUGGAGAUCCCAGGUCAUGGCAGGGUCGCUCUGUGGUGCCGCUGAGCUCCUCGGGUCCAGGUUUUGUACUCCUCCUCUACGCCGCGUCCCCCUCUCUUCUCACUGUCUCCGUGCAGAGGUUGCUAGGGCUUGCGCUGCACAGUGAGAGGGACUGUGGGAAUGGGACAGAAGGCUUCGCUGCUGAAAAGCGUCUCCAGGGCCAGGAGCAGUGGGGAGCCUCCCUCAGACGCGCUCUGUCCGAGUCGGGCCACUCAAAGAGGGAUUAG